AUGCCCCCUCGCGCCGGCCCCGUCCCGCGCUCCAUCAACCAGCUCCUGUUCGCGCUUGGGCCGUACGCCGCGCAGCUGCACAAGACCGGCGGCACCAUGCCCGAGUUCGUCAACCCGAAGUACGCCGACGCGAGCAAGACCAAGUUCAAGUCGCCCACGCGGCUCGA